AUGUCACAAAGGGAUUAUUCUGAGGUGGAACCGCAAGGAACUUCAGAAUUACCAGCAGCUAGUCAAUCUUUAUUUUUGGAAAAGGUGAGGCAGUCAAAUGCUGCAUGCGAAGCAGGUGAUUUUGCUAAUGCAGUAAUACUUUACACAGAAGCUCUAAGUUUGGAUCCCACAAAUCAUGUUUUAUAUUCUAACCGUUCUGCAGCACGAAUAAAGCAAGGACAUUUUUCUUUAGCACUGCAAGACGCAUGCAAAGCUAGAGAUUUAUGUCCGACAUGGGCAAAAGGAUGUUACAGACAAGGUGUAGCUUUGCAAUGCCUAGGCAGGCACGACCAAGCGUUAGGAGCUUUUAGUGAAGGUUUGGCGAGGGAGCCCAAUUCAGAGCGGCUUUUAUCCGGACUGAUUGAGGCCUGUGAGAAAUCACCCCUCGCCGGUAAACUGAGACCAACAUUUGAACAACUCAGAACAAUGGGCUUGGGACAAAGUCCUUUCGUCGUUAUAUCAGUAGUGGGUCAAGAACUUUUGGCGGCAAGUCAUUUUCAAUCGGCUGUAGUAGUAUUGGAAUCUGCUCUGAAGAUCGGUUCCUGUUCAUUGAAACUGCGCGGUUCAGUGUAUUCAGCUUUGAGUUCUGCAUAUUGGGCGUUGUCCCAGCUUGAUAAAGCCAUAUCAUGUAUGCAACAGGACUUGGCUGUUGCAAAAUCGUUAGGUGAUACUAGAGGUGAAUGUAGAGCACAUGGCAAUCUAGGAUCCGCUUAUUUUAGUCAAGGAGCAAAUAAAGAAGCUUUAACCGCACAUCGACAUCAGCUUGUACUAGCAAUGAAAAGCAAGGAUAUGCAAGGGGCAGCUAUGGCACUAACAUCUUUGGGUCACGUGUACACAGCUAUUGGCGACUAUCAGAAUGCUCUUGCCACCCACAAGCAAUGCGUACAGUUAGUAAAACAAUUAGGAGAUCGACUUCAGGAAGCGCGAGAAAUUGGUAAUGUGGGUGCAGUUUAUUUAGCAAUGGGAGAAUUCGAUUCGGCUGUAGAUUGUCAUACGCAACAUUUGAGGCUAGCUAAGCGAUUGGGAAACGUGACCGAAGAAGCUCGCGCUUAUUCGAAUCUGGGCUCUUGUCAUCAUCACAGACGAGACUUUGCUCAGGCAACGUUGUGCCAUGAUAGGGUUUUACAUUUAUCUCGAUCUCUUCGGGAUCGAUCUUUGGAAGCUAGAGCUUGUGCUGGACUAGGACAUGCAUCCAGGUGCGCUGGACAACUGGACAGGGCAAAACGAUGGCAUGAACGGCAGUUGGACGCCGCUUUGGGAGCCAAAGACAAGGUGGGAGAAGGAAGAGCCUGUAGUAAUCUCGGAAUAGUAUACCAAUUGAUGGGAGAAUAUGAUGCUGCAUUGAAACUUCACCAAGCGCAUUUAAACAUAGCUCGCCAGUUACAGGAUAAAGCAGGUAUGGGAAGAGCGUAUGGUAAUAUAGGUAAUGCUUAUUCCUCUGCUGGUCUUUACGAACCUGCCAUAAGACAUCACAAACAGGAACUUGCUAUAAGCCAAGAAGUUGGUGAUAGAUAUUCAGAAGCAUCAACACAUGGAAACCUUGCAGUGGCAUAUCAAGCUUUAGGAGAACACGAUAUGGCAUUGCUGCACUACCGAGCUCAUCUAGGUAUUGCGCGCGAAAUGAAAGAUACUUCUGGAGAAACUUGUGCUUUGCUGAAUUUAGCAAACUGUUUGUCAUGUCGUGGUGAUUUUGCACAGGCCGUACCAUAUUAUGAACAAAAUUUAGCGUUAUCUCAAGAAAUGGGAGACGUAGCUGCAGAAGGUAAAGCAUGCCAUUUCUUGGGAUAUGCUCAUUAUUGCUUAGGCAACUACAGAGAAGCAGUUAGGUAUUAUAAUCAAGAUUUGACCUUAGCGAAAGAUCUGCAAGAUCAUGCCGUCAUGGCCCACGCGUAUUGUAAUUUAGGCUUAGCACAUCUGGCUUUAGGUCAUUUAGAAACAGCGCUGGAAUGCCAAAAAUAUUUUUUAGCCAUAGCUCAUAUGACACAACAUCAACAAGGAAAAUUUAGAGCGCUGGGAAAUGUUGGUGACGUGCUAGUAAAAAUGCAAAAUGAAGAAGAGGCGUUAAAAAUGUACCAAAGACAAUUAGAAUUUGCAAGACAGACUCAAGAUCGGCAUUUAGAAGCACAGGCCUGCUCUUCUCUUGGUCGUGUAUACCGACUUCAAGAGAGGUACGAUUUUUCUUUAGCACACCAUACUCAAGAAUUAUCCUUGUUACAAGAAUUGGGAGAUGCUCGGGGCGAGUGUAGAGCACAAUCUGCACUUGGUGCUAUACAUAUUGCUUUAGGUCAUUAUACACAUGCGUUGAGAUGCUAUCAGGAACAAUUAGACAAAGCGCGUGAAUUGAAGGACUGUAUCGAAGAAGCUCAAGCUUACGGAAAUCUCGGUAUUGCUAAAUUUAAUAUGGGGUACUACGAGGAAGCCAUAGGAUUUUUAGAGCAUCAACUAGCACUACUUGAGCAAAUACCUUCCCACUGUUCAACAGCUAACAUAUCUUCACAAGCCAUUGUAGAACAAAAAGCGCGGGCUCACGGAUCACUUGGUGAUUGUUAUUCAUGCUUGGGCGACUAUGAGGAAUCUUUAAAGUGUCAUGAAAUUUAUUUAAAAUUAGCUUUGGAGAAUUUGAAAUGUGCAAAAGAUCAAGAACGGGCAUACAAAGGACUUGCACAUUCACAUAAGUCGCUUGGUAAUUUACAACAAGCGCUGGUUUGUCUGGAGAAACGGCUAGUGGUUUCAGAUCAAUUAGGAAAUUUACAAGAAAAAUGUCUAACUUACGCCGAUUUGAGUUUUAUCCACAACUCUUUGGGACAUUCGGAACAGGCUAUUUCGUGCUUGGAGCAUCAAAGAGAUAUUGCCAGAGAACUGAACGACAACACCAUGAUUUCCAAUUCAUUAUCGGGAUUGGGUCUCAUGUAUGAAAAAUUAGGAGAUCAUGAAGCGGCAUUGAAAUUUCACCAGGAAGAUUUAAAACAUUGUACAGAUUUGCAACUAAUAGAUUUACAGAUGCGUGCUUUGGGUCGUAUGGGUCGCGCCUACGAAUCUCGCCAAGACAUCACAAUGUCCUUAAUGUGUCUUCAGCGUGCUCUCACGCUUACUAAUUCAAUUUGUCAAGAGGAGAAAGAAAACAAUGAUAUCAGUUUUCAAACAAAUUUGAGAGGAUAUGCAAGGGCAGCUAUGGCACUAACAUCUUUGGGUCAUGUGUACACAGCUAUUGUGCGACUAUCAGAAUGCUCUCGCCACCCACAAGCAAUGCGUACAACCGAAGAAGCUCGUGCUUAUUCGAAUCUGGGCUCUUGUCAUCAUCACAGACGGGACUUUGCUCAGGCAACGUUGUGCCAUGACAGGGUUUUACAUUUAUCUAGAUCUCUUCGGGAUCGAUCUUUGGAAGCUAGAGCUUGUGCUGGACUAGGGCAUGCAUCCAGGUGCGCUGGACAACUGGACAGGGCAAAACGAUGGCAUGAACGGCAGUUGGACGCCGCUUUGGGAGCCAAAGAUAAGGUGGGAGAAGGAAGAGCCUGUAGUAAUCUCGGAAUAGUAUAUCAAUUGAUGGGAGAAUAUGAUGCUGCAUUGAAACUUCACCAAGCGCAUUUAAACAUUGCUCGCCAGUUACAGGAUAAAGCAGGUAUGGGAAGAGCGUAUGGUAAUAUAGGGAAUGCUUAUUCUUCUGCUGGUCUUUACGAACCUGCCAUAAGACAUCACAAGCAGGAACUUGCUAUAAGCCAAGAAGUAGGUGAUAGAUAUUCAGAAGCAUCAACACAUGGAAACCUUGCAGUGGCAUAUCAAGCUUUAGGAGAACACGAUAUGGCCUUGCUGCACUACCGAGCUCAUCUAGGUAUUGCGCGCGAAAUGAAAGAUACUUCUGGAGAAACUUGUGCUUUGCUGAAUUUAGCAAACUGUUUGUCAUGUCGUGGUGAUUUUGCACAGGCCGUACCAUAUUAUGAACAAAAUUUAGCAUUAUCUCAAGAAAUGGGCGAUGUAGCCGCAGAAGGUAAAGCAUGCCAUUUCUUGGGAUAUGCUCAUUAUUGCUUAGGCAACUAUAGAGAAGCAGUUAGAUAUUAUAAUCAAGAUUUGACCUUAGCGAAAGAUCUGCAAGAUCAUGCCGUUAUGGCUCACGCAUAUUGUAAUUUAGGCUUAGCACAUCUGGCUUUAGGUCAUUUAGAAACAGCGCUGGAAUGCCAAAAAUAUUUUUUAGCCAUAGCUCAUAUGACACAACAUCAACAAGGAAAAUUUAGAGCGCUGGGAAAUGUCGGUGACGUGCUAGUAAAAAUGCAAAAUGAAGAAGAGGCGUUAAAAAUGUACCAAAGACAAUUAGAAUUUGCAAGACAGACUCAAGAUCGGCAUUUAGAAGCACAGGCCUGCUCUUCUCUUGGUCGUGUAUACCGGCUUCAAGAGAGAUACGAUUUUUCUUUAGCACACCAUACUCAAGAAUUAUCCUUGUUACAAGAAUUGGGAGAUGCUCGGGGCGAGUGUAGAGCACAAUCUGCACUUGGUGCUAUACAUAUUGCUUUAGGUCAUUAUACACAUGCGUUGAGAUGUUAUCAGGAACAAUUAGACAAAGCGCGAGAAUUGAAGGACUGUAUCGAAGAAGCUCAAGCUUACGGAAAUCUCGGUAUUGCUAAAUUUAAUAUGGGAUACUACGAGGAAGCCAUAGGAUUUUUAGAACAUCAACUAGCACUACUUGAGCAAAUACCUUCUCACUGUUCAACAGCUAACAUAUCUUCACAAGCCAUUGUUGAACAAAAAGCGCGGGCUCACGGAUCACUUGGUGAUUGUUAUUCAUGCUUGGGCGACUAUGAGGAAUCUUUAAAGUGUCAUGAAAUUUAUUUAAAAUUAGCUUUGGAGAAUUUGAAAUGUGCGAAAGAUCAAGAACGGGCAUACAAAGGACUUGCACAUUCACAUAAGUCGCUUGGUAAUUUACAACAAGCGCUGGUUUGUCUGGAGAAACGGCUAGUGGUUUCAGAUCAAUUAGGAAAUUUACAAGAAAAAUGCCUAACUUACGCCGAUUUGAGUUUUAUCCACAACUCUUUGGGACAUUCGGAACAAGCUAUUUCGUGCUUGGAGCAUCAAAGAGAUAUUGCCAGAGAACUGAACGACAACACCAUGAUUUCCAAUUCAUUAUCGGGAUUGGGUCUCAUGUAUGAAAAAUUAGGAGAUCAUGAAGCGGCAUUGAAGUUUCACCAGGAAGAUUUAAAACAUUGUACAGAUUUGCAACUAAUAGAUUUACAGAUGCGUGCUUUGGGUCGUAUGGGUCGCGCCUACGAAUCUCGCCAAGACAUCACAAUGUCCUUAAUGUGUCUUCAGCGUGCCCUCACGCUUACUAAUUCAAUUUGCCAAGAGGAGAAAGAAAACAAUGAUAUCAGUUUUCAAACAAAUUUGAGAGGCAACCGAAAAAAUAUUAACAAAGACCUCUGCGAGACUCUGAGAACAGUUGGCAGAGUAAUGUUAUACAAGGGAGACAUUAAAUACGCUAUUAGAUAUUUAACGCAAGGAUUGGAAAUAGCUGAAUCAUUGGGCGACAAAGAAGAAAAGGCAAGGAUGCGUUAUAGACUAGGAUUAGCUUUGCACCAGGACGAAGAUUAUGUAAAUGCUUUAGAAAACUUCAAAAAGUCCAUCGAAUUAUUGGAAACGUUAAGGAAAGCACAACGCACUCAUGAUAAAUUAAAACAAUCAUAUUAUGACGUGCAAACAGAUUGUUAUUACGCAUUGCAAAAAACUUUAGUAGCAUUAUCAAAAUAUGAAGAUGCUCUUGUGAUAGCAGAAAAAUGUCGAACAAGAUUAUAUGCGGAUUUAAUAAUAGAAAAACAAAAUAAAGCAAACGAAGAAACUAAAUUAAACGAUAGCUGCACACUUAUAGAAAUAGUUAAUCGACAAAAAGCCUGCGUACUUUACUAUAGUCUUUUAGAGAAUCAUCUUUAUGCUUGGUGCAUCGUUCCUUUCAAAGGUGUUAUGAAGUUUCAUGAUACUCCAUUAUUAUCAGAAGAAAGUGAUGAAGGUUCGCAAUUAACCGCAAAAAUAAAAUUUCUACGAGAACAUUUAAUGACUAAAAAUGCUAAUAACCAAAAUAAUAUAGAGGAUAUAUCAAAUCAGCCCGAAGAAAAAUCUGGUUUCUUGCGAAUGGUAAAUAGGCAUAAUUUGCUGAAUUCGAGCAAUUAUUCCCUCAGUUCAUUAUUCAGCGUUGGUUCAGUAACUAGUCUUAGAGGAUCAACACGAUCUAGAGGAUCACUUCAUUUUGAUACUCCAAAUACUCGAUUUGAUAAAAAGUUACAAAAUAGUUCUACUACACAUUCAAGUGCGCAGUCCCUGCUUGAAGAUAACUUUUCUGAAAAUAAUCUUAGUUCAGAAAAUAGGAAUCAACAUACAAAGUCUCUCAAUGAUACUCUAUCGGCGCUGUAUGAUCUACUUAUAGCGCCAUUUGAUGAUAUACUACAAGAAACAGGCACAAAAGAAAAUAAUGUCCGAGAGAAAUUGAUACUGGUCAUUGAAAAUGAUCUGUUUGCCGUACCGUUCUCAAUACUGCGAAAUAAAAAUUGUAGCACUCUGGCCCAAGUAAAUGAAAAGCAACAUCAGUAUUUGGGUGAUCGUAUUGAUUUGAUGGUCGUCCCGUAUUUGAAAGUCUUGAAACCAACUGGGCAUAAAAAUUCAAGAAAACAACUGGGAAAUGAGUCUAUGAACGCGCUCGUUAUUACAAGUCCAUUAUAUGGAGGAUCGAAUCAUGCUGGUUCGCAAAAUAUAAAUGUAAGUUCAAGCCAGGAUGCUUCAAUGAUUGCUGAGUUGUUACAUUGUAAAACACUUACAGAUACUCAGGCUACCAAAGAAACUGUAACAGAAGAAAUGUACAACGCAGAUUGCGUUCAUUUCUCAGCUCAAAUAUGUUGGUCUUUAAAAUCAAUUGUCCUGAGCACGGGCGAGCCAAUAGAAAAUCAGGUUCAGAGCUCAAGUCGUCGAACAUUUAGUGGCGAUGGAAGUUUAGAGAUACAUGAGGUAGAAAUGAAUCCGAAUAUAUCAUUGGGCGGUUUAAAUGAUGGUCUAUUAAACACUAAAGAUAUUUCACAGUUACAACUCAAUACAAAACUUGUUGUAAUUAAUGCCACGAUAUUUGAUGAGACUGAUGCGAAUUAUGAUAUUGUUAUGAAAACUAAUACAAAUGCUUUAUAUGAAUUAUCAAGUGCUUUUUUAAACUCUGGUGUUCAUUGCGUUUUGGUCUCUUUAUGGCCAGCUAGUGAUGUUGGUGCAGUAAAAAUACUUUUGAAAACUUUUUAUUCUUCGCUAAUGCAAGGAUCGAGAGUUGCUAGAGCUUUAUCAGAAGCCAUGCAAACGGUUCAGUAUACAAAGCAAUUUUCGCAUCCGGCAAAUUGGGCUGGUUUCACAUUAAUGGGAUCUAACAUCCGUCUCUGCACAAAGGCUGCACAAAUGAAUGAAUCUUUACAAGAUAUUUUAUUACAUCAUAACCCGGAACAUUCAAGAAGGCAAUGUUUGCGAGUGUGUUUACAUCUGGUCGAAAAAUCACUUCAGCGAAUUCACGAAGGUCGAAGAAACGCAAUGUAUACCACUUUAAGGUCAAUCGAGAACAAAACGACGAGCAGUGGAUCUAAAAAUGGUGACAAGGAAGAAACAGAAGAUUUAACGAAGUAUAAUAAUGCUGGAUGGAAAAACUUAUUGAUUUCUGUUGGAUUCAGAUUUGAACCGGCUGCCAAUGGUGUUCCUUCGUCUGUAUUUUUCCCACAAAGUGAUCCGUGUGCACGACUCGCAAAGUGUUCUGGAAUUUUACAGGCUCUACUUGGUUUAUCACAUGCUUCACUGCAAGCAGUCCAGUCAUUAAUAAAUGAUGAAACGAGAUCGAAAAAAUCAGCCAAGCUUAAUUACAAUAACACGCAACAAGAAGAAAUUUCACAAGAAAUAAUUUCAGCUGUAAAAAAAUGUUCCGAACAAUUAGUAGAGAAGCAACCAGGCGAUGGAAUCGAAAUUUCUUUGAGUGUCAGAUCUUGGAGGAUUACUGGCUGUCAUGAAUUAUUUGCUUCGUUAGGAUUUGAUUUAGUGUCCGUCGGCAGUGAUCGUAUCAAAUUAAGAGCAGGCAAAAAAGCCAAUACGAGGCAGACACAGUUUGCAUUAGAAGCACUUACAGCAUUAAUAGCAAUUGCAGAUGAACCAAAAAGUUUGAGUAGCAGUAAAAGCAGUUCAAUGGAAAGUCUGAAUAGUGAUAACAGCAUUUGUCCAUAUAUAUCAAAUCAAAGAAAUGUUAACCCGCAAACUCUGAAUGAUGUGCAUCAGCAAUUAGAUAAGUCAAUAAGCAAGUUAAGUUCUGGAAGAGGCGCAUUUAUAUCUUACGUCCGUGGUAGAGGCGAACCGGAUGGUGGGAGCACCAUCAACAGUCAUGCCCCUUCGACCACUUAUACACAAAGUCAGCUCAACUCCAAUGUGCACAUUCAUCCGCUAAAUAGUAAUUCUCAUAUAAAUCUACUUAUAAAUUCAGACAAUAAUUUGCACACGAACUCAAGAAUUGCAACUGCAAAUAUAAAAAGCGUUGAAUCUAAAGGCUUAUGGAAUGCUAGGAAUCAUUAUAUGGGCCUGAGCAGAACUGCAGUAAAAGUAUGCAGACCAGGUGGAGGAAGUGAGAGUGAUGCAGCGUUUACACCUAGCCCACCUGUUUUCUUUCAAAAUCCGCAUAGUACUAUCACUAAUAGUGUUGACAACGCCAUGACUUCUGAAAAUAUCUUAACAAAUGAUGUUCAAAUAGCUCUUGAACACCAAACACGCAUUCGAUCUUUAUAUAACUUGCACCGAGAAGAUGUUUUGCCACCACUGCCGCCACCAAGACACGUCAAUUCAUAUACAGAUUUUAUAAAAAAUAAAAAAUUAACCAAAGAAAAUGAUUCUGUAAUCAAAAAACAAGAGUUUGACAACACAUUUAAUAUCAAAUUUGAGAAAGAAAGUGCAGCCAAGUGCAAUAUGCAUAUAGCUCAACAUGCUUCUAAUCCUUUAUCAGAACAAUCAGAAAAAGAUGAUAGUUUUUCAUCUAACGAUUCAAUCUGCCAAGUUAAAACAUUAGUUAAACGGCAAGGUGCUCUAAAAGAAAAUUCUAAGUUUUUGCCAGAAAAUAGCAUGCUUUCGCUGUCAGUUUACAACAAUUUGCCAUUAAGUGGUUUGAAUUUUGAACCUUCAAAUGCUGAUGCUGAUUUUAAUAUGAGAUCCAGUAAUAAGUCUGAUAUGCAAAUUAAUGACCGAUUAAGUGUACGUACAAGUACUUCGAUUAACGACUCUGGAAAAAUGAUGCAGCGUCAUAAAUUGCUUGAAAUAGCAAAUAACUUGACCAUCGAUAAAGAUGGCGAGCCUUAUAACAGCAAAGAAAAAGAAUCACCUAAAGAAUUAUCAAAUUCGAACACUUCAUCACUAAUACGACAUCCGAGUCAUGCUUUAACUCCUGCGAUAUCAGAAGUUUACCACGAGCGCAACAUAGGAUUAGGUCUAGCUCCUCCUUUAUCAACUUUGCUUUUGACCAACGAUUUAAAAAAUGAAAAUGACAAAUUUGAUGGCGAAUUUAAUGAAUUUUUGAAAAGGGAUGAAGGUGACGGUAGAAGUGUGGCUGAUUCUCAAUGCUCCAGUCAUUACAAGGCAUUAACAAAUGGGUCGGAAAAAGCAACUGGUAUGCUGAGAAAAAUGCAAAUGAUGUCAAUCAAGUCAAAUUCUGAUGCGAGUCCAGCAACAGAAGGAGCCGAUAAAGAAAAGAAGGGGUCUAGUAAAAUUGUCAAAAAAUGUUUAUACAGGAAGAAAAAUCCUAAUUAGUCGUUAGUAGAAUGUAACGUCCCCAAAUCCAUCCA